UAGGUUAAGCCUUUAAAAAUUUUAGGAUCACGAUGAAGUUUUACUCUGACUAGUUACUACUUGACUUAAGUUUUCAAGGUUAAACUUGACGUUGAAGAUGAAGAAGCUCUUGUCUUGACUUCCACUUUAUGAAACUUGACCUUACUCUCAUUCCACCAUUGAAGAACAAAAAUGAUCCAAAACAGCAUCUUUAAUCCAAGAAACCCAAAACCCAUCUCAAAUCACACAAUUCUAGUCAAAGUCAUAAUCUUUCUUUCAUUAUCAUCAAUACCCAUUUCUCACUCAUCUCUAAAGAAGCCACCACCACUUCCAAUUUUACCAAUUCCAUCAGCUCGGCAGCUUCAAUGGCAGCUCUCAUCAAUGGCGCUUUUUCUCCAUUUUGGAACCAACACAUUUACUGAUUCUGAAUGGGGUUCUGGCCAAGCUGAUCCUUCAGUAUUUAACCCAAUUCAUUUUGACCCAAAACAAUGGGUUCAAGUGGCUAAAGAAUCUGGGUUUAACCGGGUUGUACUCACUGCAAAACACCAUGACGGGUUUUGUUUAUGGCAAAGUGAUUAUACUGAUUAUUCUGUAAAGUCUAGUUCUUGGAGAAAUGGAAGUGGUGAUGUUGUUAAAGAACUUGCUUUGGCUGCUCAAGAGAUUGGUGUUGAUUUAGGGCUUUAUUUAUCUCCUUGGGACAGGCAUGAGAGUUGUUAUGGGAAGACUUUGGAGUAUAAUGAGUUCUAUUUGGGUCAGAUGACCGAGUUGUUGACCCGGCAUGGAGAGGUCAAGGAGGUAUUUUUGGAUGGUGCAAAAGGGGAGGCAGAGAAGGAUAUGGACUAUUUUUUCGACAGUUGGUUUAGUUUAAUUCAUCAAUUACAGCCUGGGGCUGUCAUAUUUACGGAUGCCGGUCCUGACAUAAGGUGGAUUGGCGAUGAGGCUGGAGUUGCUGGGUCUACAUGCUGGUCUCUAUUCAACCGGAGUGCUGUAGAGAUCGGAGGAAGCACCCAUCAGAAAUACAAACAGGAAGGAGAUCCAUCAGGUCAUGAUUGGGUGCCUGCUGAAUGUGAUGUCUCCAUUAGGCCUGGUUGGUUUUGGCAUGCAUCUGAAACCCCAAAGUCCGCAAAACAGCUUCUCGAUAUAUAUUAUAAAUCCGUCGGCCGAAAUUGUCCGUUGUUACUGAACGUACCUCCAAAUUCUUCAGGUCUUAUCUCAACAGAAGACAUAAAAGUACUUCAAGAAUUCGCUCAGCUUCGAAGCUCUAUCUUUUCAUAUAAUAUUGGUAAGAUUGCUCGUCUCAGCGCCAGCAGUUCACGCGGAGGCGCUGAGGAUUCGGAUUUCGCUCCCUAUAAUGUUCUUCAAGAAGGAAUCGACACGUACUGGGCUCCAGAGGAUGAUCAAUCUAAAUGGGAGUUGUAUUUCGAAUUUGAAGAAUUUGCAUCUUUCAAUCUCCUGCAAGUUGAAGAGCCGAUCCACAUGGGACAACGGAUCAGUGAGUUCCAUCUAGAGAUACUAAAAGACGGGGCGUGGACAGAAGUGACCAAUGGCACCACCGUUGGAUUUAAGCGGAUAUUGCAAUUUCCGACUGUGGUAUCUCGUCAUAUUAAGUUUGUCGUAGACAAGAGUCGAGCAGAUCCGCUUAUUUCUUAUCUGGGAAUUUUUAUGGAUGAAUUUUCCAUUGCGGGUCACGAUUUUGAUAAUAGCUUGCAAAUGCACCCCAACAGCCGCGAAGUAGUUCAACAGCAAAGUAGCAAAUUGAGCAUUUCAUUUGCUGGCAAGUACUUUGGCGAGCUAAAGAAAAUGAUUCUCAAGCUGCUGGAAUAUAAUGUGUGAAUAUUUCAAUUGCAACUGCUCUGAAGCUGAAUGUUCAUUUCUUUCAAUUUGUACAAGCUUUUAAGCACUUCAUUGCAAAAUUGGUAGUAAUUAAUAAAUUUCAGACUAAUUUAAUAAUAAUAUUAAUUUCUAUGUUAA